UUAUAUUGUAGAGUUCUACAAGUUUAAAAUAUGUAUACUUACCCACCUUGGUACUUUGACAUUAGGCAUAUUUCAUUAAUUCUUGACAAACAUGUUUGGUGAUAUAACCAGCUAUAAAUCACAAGAUGAGGCAUAUUUCGCUUUAGAAUGACAAAACAUACACUCAUACAAGUAGCUUAUAUACUAGUUUAGCCUGUACAUGCUUGUGGAAAUCCUUAUUGAUCCUUUAUUUCAGUCUGAAUAUGUAUCCGAAUUUUUCGGACAUGUAUAUUUUCAAUUGUUUGUUUAUUUCCAUGCGUAAAUCCUUUAAUAUUGCGCUGAAGCAUUAUUGCACUAUAUGAGCAAAGUCUUGUGUUUCUUUAGCAUCAUGUAACUUGAUUUAAAUCCAUGUAUUUAUCUCGAAAUGUUAGGAAUUGUUGUAAACACAUUUCACUAGUUUUACAUAGACGCCAUGUUAUUCGCAGUGCAUUGUGGUAUUGUUGUUGGUUACCAAGCGUAAAUCUACUAUGUACAAGAGGAAAAUCGAUAAUUUAAACCUGUCUCAGGCAGGGAUGACGUUGUCAUUAUAUAGAAGACGUGGCAGGGCAUACCAAUGCAAGCACUGUUAUAAGAUCGAUAGGAGAGGGCGUAUGAUUUCACACAUUCUGAAGGAUCAUGUGCCACUUGCUAGGGCACCUUACCAUUGUACAUUCUGCCUCUUCAGGUGUACGGACAGGCAGUCCCUUCAGAAUCAUCUCACUCGUUACUCGAGACACAAAGAGAAGGAGGUACUGAUGGGAACCCCGGACUACACUGAGGUUCUGGUGAAAGCCGCAGAACCUUAUUGGGUAGGAGACGAAGAUAUGGCACAACUCGGUCAGGAAGAGUCAGCACGGUGGUAUGCGAGGCAGAGUAAGGGAACACCUGAGGGUAACCCAGACGACAGCGAGGGCCUCUACGAAGACGAUGAGGAUGUGGUUGUGGCAGAUGGUAGAACUCUUCCACGGUGGCUUGUCACAGACGACAACCACAACCUUGUUGGGGCGCCGAAGAGAGCAACCGGUAACAUGUCAUGUAUGGGACAGGCUCAGACGCUAGCAGCACAGUUGCCGUCGUUUCCGCAGACACAGCACUUGGGUUCAGGUCUCCCACCAGCUCCUAUGCAGUUAGAGCUUAGUCAACGCAAGGUGUCUGCUGGUUUCCCUCUAGUCACAGGUACAACUGGUACCUACUCCACAGUUGUCUCCACUUUUCCCUCUGGGGUACUGCAUAUUCCAGAUGUUAGUGUGGGUUCAAACAGAGGCCUUAUGAUGCAAACCUCUAUAGGUCAGACGUUGGAUCAGGCAGACAGAACUACAAGGAUGCAGCCUAACAGUUCCAGACGACUCAAUACUCCAAGCCCGAGACUGCCCAUUACAUCGAACCACCAAGGGUAUGUGGCACAAAAGGCCAAGCUUCCAUUGACUCAGAGAUCGGCAGAACAGUCUGAGAUGGCACAGGGUAUUCCUCAGCUGCCUAACCUACUAACGGAUGACUUGGAGUGCCCAAUUGUUAAUGUAAAUGAGGCGCAGGGUUCAACUGGUAUCACUACCAACCUGUCAUACCCAGCUGUAGGUGUAAGUGCGAGUCGCCAAAAGCAAGAGACCGUCCAAGAUAUGGAUAUCAGUAUUGACCAGCUUCUGUUCACACCAAAUGCAUCAGCAAGGUCAUCAUUAGGAACUCCUGUGCAGGAUGAAGUUCAGCUCCAAGUGACUGAUGUAUACGACCCUCUAUACCAGGAAGCUUUUGGUACAAACAACCACCCACCAGCAAAGAAAUCAAGGGUCGAACCUGUUCUCGUGCAGCAGGAAGUUCCUAGUAAGCAGUUAGUAGGGUCUGGUGGAACAGAGGAGACAUCAGCUACAGUAGAAAGGGAAACCGCAAAAGAAAGAGUGACGCAGUCAUGCAAAGUACCCCAAAGCAACAAAGGGAAGAACCCGUUGAACAUAGAGUUCCAACAGAAGAAUGAGUUGACCACAGCUGAGGCCAUAAUGGAAGCUGCGAAAAUGAUCUGCAAGUCAUUGGAUGACCAGACUCGUGCCGCACGAUGCUCAGAGAAGGCCUCCUUGAAGAUCGCUGGGGAACUCGAAAGGAUCGAGAGGAAAUUGACGAAAAUGGAGCGAACAAUAGCAUCAAGAUCUAGAGGGGAAACAUCAAUAGAGGGUGAUGAAGAUAUCAAUAACAACAAGGAGAAUGCAGUGAUAGAACAGAGGAAUAGCGGGCAAGGAGAGAUAGACACUAGUAAAAAGAGAGAGCCAUUAAAGAGUGUCAUUCACCAGGUAAAGAGGAAAAAGUGAGAAAGAAGAUUAAGCCAUCUAAA